AUGUUUCGAACACCAGUCCGACAAUAUGCAAGGUCUCAGUGGACUCUCUUGUCCCGCAGGGCCUCUCCGGCCGUGAGCAAUCGAGUUCUUGUGACAUCGCAAGUCUCAUUCUUUUCGACGUCGAGGCGGCGGGAUAUCAUGGAAAUGACAGGAUUCACAGACGAACAACUGACUGUCCACGAAGCGAUCAAGCACAUCUGCUCCAAUUUUCCAAACACAUAUUGGCAAGAGCGUGAUCAGCAAGAGAAAGAUCCAAAGGAAUUUCAUGCGGCUUUGGCCAAAGACGGAUGGCUGGGAAUAGCUCUUCCGGAAUCGCUCGGCGGUGCAGGUCUAGGUAUCUCCGAGGCCACUAUAAUGAUGCAAACCAUCACGCAGUCGGGAGCGGGAAUGGCUGGUGCCCAGGCGAUCCACGCCAAUGUAUACGCGACGCAACCUCUCGCGAAAUUCGGCACAAAGGAACAAUUGGAGACGACCAUUCCAAACAUCAUCAAUGGUACUUGGCGUACUUGCUUUGGUGUCACUGAACCCAACACGGGCCUUGAAACUCUUAAAUUAAAGACGCUGGCGACGAAAACCCAAGGGGGAUACUCUAUAUCUGGUCAGAAGAUUUGGAUCACUUGCGCGCAAGUUGCCUCAAAGAUGAUCCUCCUGGCCCGCACAACCCCCCUCGAGGAAGUCAAGAAAUCUAGCGAAGGCUUAUCACUCUUUUGCAUUGACCUCGACCGCAAUCAGCCGGGCCUCGAUAUGCGCAAGAUCAAGAAGAUGGGUGGCCGCGCAGUUGAUGCCAAUGAGGUCUUUUUCGACAACUAUAAAAUCCCGGCCGAUACUUUGAUUGGAGAGGAGAACCAGGGGUUCAAAAUCAUUUUGCAUGGCAUGAACGCUGAACGCUGCUUGCUGGCUGGCGAAGCCCUGGGUCUUGGUUAUGCAGCUCUCGAGAAGGCGGCUCAGUACGCCAGAGACCGAGUCGUUUUUGGCCGACCCAUUGGCCAGAAUCAGGGAGUCGCGCAUCCACUUGCAGACGCCUAUAUGAAGCUUGAGGCUGCCAAGCUCGCUACGUAUCACGCCGCUCGUCUGUACGAUUCCAACGACGGUGCGGUCCCGUUCCACGCGGUUGGGGUUGCUUGUAACAGCGCCAAGUAUCUCGCCGCCGAGGCUGCCUUCACUGCCUGUGAGCGGGCCGUUUUGGCCCACGGGGGUAUGGGAUACGCAAUGGAAUACGAUGUGGAGCGAUACCUCCGCGAAUGCCUCGUCCCGCGAAUCGCACCUGUGAGCCGUGAGAUGAUUCUCAACUAUGUGAGUGAAAAGGUUCUCAACCUACCAAGGAGUUACUAG